GGUGCGCAUGCGUGCAUAUGCGCAUAUAACUCUUGCGUCAUCAGCAAUAACCAUUCUGGAUUGCUGAAAAUGAAGGCAAUUACCCUGCUGGCUAUUCUCUCCAUUGUGGGGAGCUGUUAUGCUGCUCUGCCUAUUUUUACUUGCAAAUCAACAAAUAAUCUUAAGGUUAAUGAAAUCAGUCUCUCUAACUCAACCUGGACAUGUGAGAAAUACCCUUGUGUUGUCUACAAAGGACUAAAUGUUAGCAUUACUAUUUCAUUUGAAAAUGUUGGUGCUACUGACAUCACUACACUAACAAAUGACGUGUACAUAAUUUUUGGACUUCCAAUCCCAUAUCCUAAAUUUCCACCUGAAAUAAAGAAUGUAUGCUCUCUGGGAGACAGCUCAUCAUCUUGCCCCAUCAAGAAGGGAGACAAAUUCACUGAGAAAGUUAUUGUACCUAUCUUAGAUACAGCAAUCUCAGCGAUACGAGUUGUGGUAAAAUGGCAGCUCGUGAAUGGAAGCAGCGUAGAAGGCUGCUUUGAAGUCCAACUAGAAAUUAUGUAGUAAAAAGCCAAAGCUAGAAAAUUAAGUUGAAUGAUCAUGAACAAGAGUUGUUGCUUGGUUCCUUUCUUAUUAUUUUGUUGAAAUUAUCAUUUACAAAUGACAUUGAUUAGGAAAA